CAACUCAUUCCAACCCUCCUGGAACAACAGGAUUAAGUUCUCCAGUGAAGGUUCCCUCUUUCAUACUAUCUCAGGAUUUAAGUUACGAUACUUGUGUUUAUUGAUUUUUAAGGUGACAAGACCCACUUGAUCAUCUCCUGUGUUUUACUGACUAAUAGCCAUCGCUUGAUUUUGAAACCAGUAAUUAGUGUCUGACCAAAACAGUGCUUCCUACCUGCCACAUCUCAAGCCCAAAAGAGCAAUGGGAAUAGGUGGAUUUGUGAUUUAUUAAAUAAUCAACAGAAAGCUACUGGAAAAAAAAUUUGCCUUCCUACCCUCCACAUAUGCUGGGCAGAGUCUUGGGAAGAGAAAAAUGUGUCUAAGAGGACAGGAUUGAAGGGCACUGGCCUCCCAGACCAUCUUUCCUUCUCGAAGUGGCUCAGAUGUUUUAGAUAUGUGAAAAGUCUUUUGGUCACAAGGUACAAGUCUUUCAGAGACCCUCUGUGUGUCCCCACUAGCUUCAGCUGCUGAGAGACUAGUUUCCUUCCUCCUAAUUUCAGCUGCAGCAUCCUGACUCCCUAAAUCUGAAAGUCAAACCCUGCCUCUGUCCUCAAAGUAUUCAAGUUCCCAUCCUGAAUUAGGUUUGCUGUAAGCAAUGAAGCAGUGAGAUGUUUCUCUUUAAUUACCCUUUUAAAAAUUCAUACGAAAGCAGAAUUCUUAAUUAUAAGCUUGCCAACCUGAAAUCAUUGAGGAAGUGAGACACAAAAAAUCCUUCCAGAAAUGUUCCCAGACUAACUCAGGCACAAAGCAAGGAGAGCACUAGACAGGGAUCUGAUUUUUGCCCAGCCUGUGCCACUGAUUCACUGCAAUCCUUUCUGCAAGUCAUUUAUUGUGCAGCAAUUUGCGUACUGAUGGAGAAAAAACAGUAUUUAUUUCCUCUCACAGAGUUGUCCUGAGUCUAACAACCACUUGUGCAAAUCUUUGGAUGAAAGAAAUCGGUGGAUACCUCUUCCUACAUGUAUAUAUAAAAGUCAUCAAGUGACCUGCCUCAGAGGAAGGCCAACUGAACACGGGUCUCCUGGGACAGCUGAGGAGAGCCAUCGCCAUGAUUCCCGCACUGCUCUUGCUGGGCCUUUCGGCCCUUGUCGCUCCAUCCAUGAGUUACAGUUGCUAUGGUGAUAUAAGUGCUCUUCAAGCCCCCACGAUGUCCUGCACAACCGUAAGAGCCCCAGACUGUGGAUAUGCCAUGAUACGGAGGACUGCUGAGGCAGACCUCGUGCGCCUGAGGAGAUAUGAGAUCCCAAUUAGAAGAGUAGCCCGAAACCUGUGCUUGGACCCAGCUCUCAUUGGUGCCAUCAUGUCGCAGGAGAGCCGUGUGGGCCUGCUCCUGAACAACGGCUGGGACCAGGGACGGCAGAAGUACGGCUUGAUGCAGAUCAGCAGGCAGCUACAGCAGCCUUAUGCAGUGUGGGACAGUGAAGAACACAUAAAUCAGUGCUCAAAUAUCCUGGUUCUUUCAAUUAAUGAAGUACGUGCAAGACAUCCUACCUGGACCUGGGAUCGGCAGCUGAGAGGGGGAAUCUGCACCUACCAUGCAAGAAUGGGCAAUCUCCCGGUCUAUGAGGAAGACCCAUGCAGCAGAGACAACAACUACGUCAACAGCGUGAUUAGGCGAGCUCAGUACUUCAAGAGAAAUGGCUUCUAGCUCAUGAACCCACCCCACCACUGAGCCUCUCCUCUGCACAGACUAGCCCAGUAGCGAUCACAGUACCCAGAGCAGGUCUUCUGGCAGGACCGACGCUGGGAGCAUUGCCAACAGCACCUUGCUCGCUCCAGCAAAUCCCAGCUCCCCGCUCACCGAUGGGCGAGCUCAACACUGCCUUCCAGGGGACCCACAGGGAUGAGAUAUCACAAACGUGGGACCUUUGAGAGGCAGAUGGGGACAGACCAGCAGUGUUUAAAUUUCGAGUGAGGAAUGUGCCUCUUCCUGUUUGGAGCUGAACCCAGGGCCACUGAUGCAUCCCCCAGAUGUAAGCACACAAGCAGCUCUCCCUGGACAUCAGCUGUGCUCUUCCCAUCAUCUCCAUCCACCUCCUUCCCUCUCCAAGGCCAAUACAGCGGAUGAAGUCCCUGAGUUAAAGUUUUCCUUCCCCUUGGUGCUGCUGGCUAAGGGGCAAUGAAGACUUCUCACCAAGCCUUUGGUCUCUGCAGUAGCUGAGUAUCCCUGUGGCCAGCCUUGAGGGGGACAAUGCUAAACACAACUUGAUUAGUCUACCAAGUCUUGGAGCCCAUGGCCAAGGUGGGGAUGGGGACCUCCUCAGGGUGAAAAGCAGCCUCACACAGGGGAAAUCCUCUAUAUGGAAAGUACUGCAAGUGCCACAGCAGGCAUGCAAAACACCUUUCCAUUAGAGACCAGCCCUCAGUAGGAGUCAGACCCAUACGCACCCACCCCAGGAGCUGUAUCACAGCAACAGUGUUGGUAAAAAACCCCACAACCUUUCCUGAUUUAGCUUCAGCACCCUUAUGCUGGGUUUCCUCCCAAUUUAAAAGCAUUUCAGCAUCCGCCCCUCUGCCAGGAAUCCCAACCUCUAAUAAGAGUGAAUUAGCUCUGGGCUUAUAAGGUCUGUUUGAAAGUGGUCUUCAAUGUGGAUGGGUCUCUGGCUGCCAAUUUAUGUUUAAUUAGAAUAAUACUGA